AUGGCCAACGAGGAGCAGGUUCAUGAACACAUGCCUCAAAAGGCCAAGCACAAGGAACAAUUUCCUAUGACAAAUUGGAUAUAUGAUGUAUUUCUGUGGACAUUUUCAAUACUCGUCGACCUCUUCUUUCGUGAAGUCCAUCCGAGAGGAUCAUGGAAAGUUCCAAGACGCGGGCCUGUUAUCUUUGUAGCAGCUCCUCAUGCAAACCAGUUUGUCGACCCUCUUAUCCUAAUGCGCACGCUCCGAAAUGAAUGCCAUCGUCGCGCCGCUUUCCUUAUCGCCGCCAAAUCUAUGGGUCGAUUUAUCGUGGGUUGGUUUGCGCGUAAAGUAGGUGCGGUUCCGGUCGGAAGAGCUCUAGAUAUGGUGAAGCCUGGAUCUGGUACAAUAUAUCUACCAGACCCUAUCAAUGACCCACUUCUCAUACGUGGAGUUGGUACAAAAUUUGAUGGGAAAGAAGUACAAGUCGGAGGAUUAUUAGUUUUGCCUACCAUGGAGGGAACCGCUGCCAAUACCGAAAUAGCGGAAGUAAUUAGUGCCGAGGAGUUGAGAUUGAAGAAACCUUUCAAAGGCCGAAAUGCUAUGAUACAGCUCACCGGGCGAGACGAUGUUGACGAAAAUGGCAAGUUUGCCAAUGAGUCUGUCAAGGGUACCAAGGAAGGUUUUAGAGGAUCGAAAUACAAGACCGCUCCGAAAGUUGAUCAAACCCAAGUGUAUGAUGCCGUUUUUGAUCGCCUUAGUGGUGGUGGAGCUGUUGGAAUCUUCCCUGAAGGUGGUAGCCACGACAGGACCGAACUACUUCCCCUUAAAGCUGGUGUGGCUAUUAUGGCACUUGGAUCAUUGGCCGCUAAUCCUGAUAGUGGCCUUCAAAUUGUACCAUGUGGUAUGAACUAUUUCCACGCCCAUAAGUUCCGUUCAAGAGCCGUAAUUGAGUUUGGUAAUCCUAUCGAAGUCCCAAAAGAGCUUGUUGAGCUCUACAAAAGUGGAGACCGAAGGGGAGCAGUCAGUCAAUUGCUGGAUAUUGUAUACCAAGCUCUUGUUGCUGUCACUGUCACAAGCCCUGAUUAUGAUACCCUCAUGCUUAUUCAAGCCGCUCGGAGACUGUAUAAUCCAACCGGAAAGAAACUUCCACUUCCAAUGGUAGUUGAAUUGAAUCGGAGACUGGUUAAAGGCUAUACACAUUAUAAAGAUGAUCCACGGAUUGUGCAACUCAAAAAAUCUGUAUUGGAUUAUAACAGACAACUACGCUACAUGAAUCUUAGAGAUCAUCAGGUCGAAUACGCUAAGUUCUCUGUUCCAAGAGCUGUAUUUCUUCUGUUUUACCGCCUAGGAAAGCUAGCUGUUUUGUCUAUUGGCGUUAUUCCAGGACUUUUCUUAUUUGCACCAGUUUUCAUAGCUUCAAAAAUAAUCAGCAUCAAGAAGUCAAAAGAAGCUUUAGCUGCAUCUACAGUCAAACUUCAAGGUCGAGAUGUUAUGGCAACAUGGAAACUAUUGGUUGCCCUUGCCUUUGCACCGAUUCUAUACAACUUUUACACCAUCAGUCUUGCAUAUUGGACUUACAGAAAUAGAGUUCAAGGGUAUGUAUCUGAAUGGGUCCCAUUGUGGGCAAUCUUCGUUUUUGGAUACAUUAUCUUUCCAGCUAUUACCUUUGCAGCUCUUCGUUUCGGAGAAGUGGGCAUGGACAUUGCCAAAUCGUUACGACCUCUAAUAGUCGCUCUUAACCCAGCAUCUAGUAACGUUAUGUUCAACCUCCGUGAGCGCAGAGCACAACUCAGCUCACAGGUUACGGACGUUAUCAAUACUCUUGGCCCAGAGAUGUUCCCUGAUUUCGAUGCUUCCAGAAUAGUAGCUGAUCCUUUCAACCGUGAUGGUCUCAAGACUCCGACUUCGCCUCGUCAAAGUGAUUUACGUCGCAAUAGCAAUCAAUCUGGUAUCUCGGAUGAGUCACCACCACGUGUUCUUCACAGAAGUAAUACUGCAGGUGCAUCUAUUGGAGGUGGCUCAAGUAUGAAUGGCCAUCUUCCGCGUAACGAGUCAUUCGGAAAUCUAGGUAACAUCGCACUCUUCGCAACGCGACCACCUUCCAGGAGUCGUAGUCGCAGUAGCAGUAGUGGUGGUGCAGUAGGGUCAGCAGGAUUUCCAUUGAAGAGCUUUAGUGCGUUAGAUGGGAAAGCAAGUUUUGAUGAGGUUAGUAUGAAGAUUCGUGGAGCGAUGAAGGAGAGAGGGCAAACGAGACGGAGACAGAGUGAGGCAACAAGGGAAGAAGAAAAUGCGGCGUAUAGUAGUGAAGAUGAAGAAAGGAAACGGGUCUAG